GCUAUUUGAUACGUUCACUUCAAAAUGUAUACUACCAGGCAGCUCGUCAGCGUUGUACUCGCUUUGCAAGUUAUCCUCAUCGCAGUGGGGCAAACGCCAACUUAUGGCUUCAUAAUUGGCAAUGUAACUACCAACGUCGAGGACUACAUACUCGAUAAUCGUCGUCAAUAUAAUGCCACACUACAAAGUUAUGAGGAUCAACUAAAUACCAUCCCGGUGAACCUUGAGUUAGAAUUGAGCGUGCUUGACAAACAAAAGGCACUUUUCCUGCGCACAAUACAGGAAACCAAUGAGUACUGGGCCUACCCGCCAAGUACUGUGUACAGCAAUAUCGCAAAGAGGUGCCAUCUGCCAACAUUAUCAAGGCGAAUAUUGAAAGCUGUAUACCUACUUCACCCUACUAUGCGAACGACAUUAUAAGUUCGGCACUUAGAUACUACACCCUUCUGAGGAAGUACUACGAAACCGACUUGAAUAAUGAUCUCAACGCUUGCGCAAAAACAAAUGCCAAUUCUUCAUUGAAUUACACGCUCUGCGUUACAUCAGUGAUUUCCAAAGUUAACACCUACACACAUACUAAUCGCGCAAACUUUGACCCGGCCAUGCAGACGGCACGUUGCAGUCUCGAGGAACACAUCGAUACUGCUGUGACCUGUACCUACACGCAAUACAACUCGAUUUUGACUUCGAUCGGCGCCGCCACACGCUUAAUUGAUGAAUGUCUCUCUGAUUUUCUGGAGGAAGGGAAUGGUAUUGGUAAUGGUAAUGGUAAUGCCAGUAACAACAAUACAAUUAGCUUUGCCAGUUGUCCGAAUGUGAUCUAUGUAGAGGUGAAGGACUCGGAUGAACAGGCUAGAUCUUUAAGCAACCCUCUCGCCGGCUUGAACAGUACUUUGAGUUGCGUGGAAAUAAGAUUUGUGCAAUCGUCGUAAAACUUAGAGCAAAUUCGAAAUAAAAUCCAUAUACGAGUAAAUGGCAACAUAAUUUUGUUUAGUGCUUCGAGAGACCUUUCGUUUGUUUAAAA